AUAAACUGAAAUCUCUGAGAGCCGCCAAGGCUCUGGUAGUUUCACAAAACUGUCCUUGCUCUUCCUGCAUCUGCCCGGUCAAGGGUAUCUUUGCCUGAGAAGCAGCCCAGCUCCAGCCACCCAGCUCCCAGUUGCCGCCUGAUCCUCAGACCUGCCGGAAUCAGAAGGUGCUUAUGCUCAACAACUGAUGCACUGCCUGUCUUCACCCACCCCCAUGAGCCUCGGUUCUGAUGCAACCUAUGGUCAUGCAGGGAUGCCCUUACACCCUCCCACGAUGUCAUAAGUGGCGGGCAGCUGACAACUUCCAUCACAGCCGUAGCCUCCAAAGCACCUGCCCCCAGCCUCAGGUUAGAGCUGCUGCCACCACCCCCGCACCUCCUCACGAUGGUGCUGGGGUAUCCUGCCUAAGUCCAAAGCUAUUCAACGGGUCUGUUGGUGCCGCCAGAACCCUGGAACCACCAGCCAUGAAUCUGUGUUGGAAUGAAAUAAAAAAGAAGUCUCACAAUCUCCGUGCUCGGCUAGAGGCCUUCUCAGACCACAGUGGAAAGCUUCAGCUCCCUCUCCAAGAGAUAAUUGACUGGCUCAGCCAAAAGGAUGAGGAAUUGUCAGCUCAGCUGCCCCUACAAGGGGAUGUGGUCCUGGUGCAACAGGAGAAGGAGACACAUGCGGCCUUUAUGGACGAUGUCAAGUCUCGAGGCCCCUAUAUUUACUCUGUGCUGGAAUCAGCUCAGGCCUUCCUGUCCCAGCACCCAUUUGAUGAAUUAGAGGAGCCUUGUUCUGAGAGCAAAGAUACCUCUCCUAGACAGCGGAUCCAGAAUCUUAGCCGCUUUGUGUGGAAGCAGGCAACAGUGGCCAGUGAACUCUGGGAGAAGUUGACAGCCCGCUGCGUGGACCAGCACCGCCACAUUGAGCACACUCUGGAGCAGCUGUUGGAGAUCCAAGGGGCAAUGGAGGAAUUAAGUGCAACUCUGACCCAGGCCGAGGGCGUCCGAGCCACUUGGGAGCCCAUCGGGGAUCUCUUUAUUGAUUCACUUCCCGAGCAUAUCCAGGCUCUUAAGCUAUUCAAGGAAGAAUUCUCCCCCAUGAAAGAUGGAGUGAAGUUAGUAAAUGAUCUGGCCCAUCAACUUGCCAUUUCUGAUGUGCACUUGUCAAUGGAGAACUCCCGGGCUUUGGAGCAAAUCAAUAUCCGGUGGAAACAGCUACAGGUGUCAGUUGGAGAGAGACUUAAGCAGCUUCAGGAUGCUCACCGGGACUUUGGGCCUGGGUCACAACACUUCCUCUCCUCCUCUGUUCAGGUUCCCUGGGAAAGAGCAAUUUCACCCAAUAAAGUUCCCUACUACAUCAACCACCAGGCUCAAACCACAUGCUGGGACCAUCCCAAGAUGACAGAGUUAUACCAAACUCUAGCUGAUUUGAACAACAUUAAGUUCUCAGCUUACCGCACUGCCAUGAAGCUACGCAGAGUCCAGAAGGCACUGCGCUUGGACCUGGUAACUUUAACCACAGCCCUGGAGAUCUUCAAUGAGCAUGAUCUGCAGGCCAGUGAGCAUGUGAUGGAUGUGGUGGAGGUCAUCCACUGCCUGACUGCCUUAUAUGAACGGCUGGAGGAGGAAAGAGGCAUCCUGGUCAAUGUGCCGCUCUGUGUGGACAUGAGUCUCAACUGGCUCCUCAAUGUUUUUGAUAGCGGUCGCAGUGGAAAGAUGCGGGCAUUGUCCUUUAAGACUGGCAUUGCCUGCCUGUGUGGCACGGAAGUGAAGGAAAAACUGCAGUACCUCUUCAGCCAAGUGGCCAACUCAGGCAGCCAGUGUGACCAACGCCAUCUUGGUGUCCUGCUUCAUGAGGCCAUUCAGGUGCCCCGUCAGCUGGGGGAAGUGGCAGCCUUUGGUGGCAGCAACGUGGAGCCCAGUGUCCGUAGUUGCUUCCGUUUUAGCACUGGGAAGCCAGUCAUUGAAGCUUCACAGUUCCUGGAAUGGGUCAACUUGGAGCCCCAAUCCAUGGUGUGGCUGGCUGUUCUGCAUCGGGUCACCAUUGCUGAACAAGUAAAGCAUCAGACCAAGUGCUCUAUCUGUAGGCAGUGCCCCAUCAAGGGCUUCAGGUACCGGAGUCUGAAACAGUUUAACGUGGACAUUUGCCAGACCUGCUUCCUGACUGGCAGGGCCAGCAAGGGCAACAAACUUCAUUACCCCAUCAUGGAGUAUUACACCCCGACCACAUCCAGUGAGAACAUGAGGGACUUUGCCACUACCUUAAAGAACAAAUUCCGCUCAAAGCAUUAUUUCAGCAAACACCCUCAGCGAGGUUAUCUGCCUGUUCAAUCGGUGCUGGAGGCUGACUACAGUGAGACGCCAGCUUCUUCCCCGAUGUUGCCACACGCUGACACACACUCCCGAAUUGAGCAUUUUGCCAGCAGGCUUGCUGAGAUGGAAAGUCAAAAUUGCUCCUUCUUUAAUGACAGCCUGUCCCCGGAUGACAGCAUAGAUGAGGACCAGUACCUGCUACGGCACUCCAGCCCCAUUACAGACCGGGAGCCAGCCUUCAGACAGCAGGCUCCAUACAACAUGACCACGGAAAGCAAAGGGGAGCUUGAAAAGAUCCUAGCCCACCUAGAGGAUGAAAACCGGAUUCUCCAGGGAGAGCUGAGGCGCCUGAAGUGGCAGCAUGAGGAGGCCGCUGAGGUACCCCCCCUGACUGAGGGCUCUGCCGAGGUGGCACAGGACCACUGCAAUGAGGAGCUGCUGGCUGAGGCCCGGAUCCUUCGGCAGCACAAGAGCCGCCUGGAGACGCGCAUGCAGAUUCUUGAAGACCACAACAAGCAACUGGAGUCCCAGCUGCAGCGCUUAAGGGAGCUGCUCCUACAGCCACCUAUCGAAUCCAAUGGCAAUGGCUCUGCGGGCUCGUCUCUGGCUUCCUCUCCACAGCAGUCAGAAAGCAGUCACCCCCAAGAGAAAGGACAGACUACUCCAGACACUGAAGCUGCAGAUGAUGUGGGAUUGAAGAGCCAAGAUGUCAGCCUCUGCUUGGAGGACAUCAUGGAGAAGCUCCGCCAUGCUUUCCCCAGUGUACGAAGUUCUGAUGUGACUGCCAACACACUGCUGGCCUCUUGAGGGAACCAGAGCCCCAUCUUAUAGGCCACGGUCCUCUCCCGGUUCUGGCCAAAGGCUUUCCUCAGACUUCAUCCAACCUUCUCAGUCCCCACUGGCCCCACUCUCCUCAGCUGGAGUUAUUUGUGCUCUGGGCAGCAGCAGAGAUUUGGUGGUAUGAGAGGUGGGAGUAGGGGGGCUGGGGGAGGGAGAGGCAUGAUUCCUCUGACUCUAGAAAGGUGCCCUUUAUGUCAAGUUUGAGAUUAGUCCCUUUAGUACGCUUCUGUUGCAGCCCAGGCUGAUGGCACUUGGAAGCCAUUCAGAUGGGUUGCCUUGUAGAAUGAAGCAGUGCCCAUUGGUCCCUUUCCAUUCUCCAUGGAAUGAUGGAGAUGGAGGGUACCUAAUGACCACAGGGCUCCAGCAUUAUGAAUAUACAGAACUUAGCCCUACUCUCUGACCCAACACAGGGGAGGUGAAGGGGUAGCCUGAAGACACUCCCACCCCCCAAACCCCUGAAAAAUCUGGGCAAUGUGUGUCAUGUAACUUCAGCUCGAGGGUAUAGCUCUAGUCCUUCUGAUGCUACCUAGAUGUUGUUUCCUCUAUGAAUAUCUUCAGUUUCUUCUGCCUCAGUUCCUGGCAGACCUUUCUCAAGGGGGAACAGUUCAUUCAGGUUCCUAUUUUCACCUUACUUUGGGAACAGUAAAGAAAUAUGUAGGGGGCUUAGAUAUUUUCCCCAGAUCCUCCUCUUUCCUGAAAGGCUCAGCAUUCUGAGAGACCAACUCUUCUGAGUCGGCCCUCACAGCCCUGGGGGAGGGCUGGCAGCUUCUCAGCAAGGGGGUCUUCUCCUUGGGGGAGGAAAGGAAAGCCACCCUCUAGACCAGAGGAGUGUGACUGUCCCACACCCUUGACGGCUUUGAACCUUCUUUCUCUUAAGUUGAAUCAGACGAGGUGGCUGAUAUCCCUCAGCUAAUCAGAAGGCAGAUGCAACAGUCCACCCUUAAUAGCAGCCCUUUCCUAGGAUCCACAGGCUUCAGAUCAGCAAGUUGACCACUUUCCACACAGACAACAGCAAGACCUUCCUUUGCAUAAAACCUUUCUUUCUAACUCUGGAAAAUGAACCCAAUCCUCAAAUUUGUUAGGCAGAUUUCUGGAUAAAUCUGCUUAGGCAAUUUUAUCUAACUCUUCCUAGGCAACACAUACCGUGAUUCCUUUAUCCAGAAACUGUUCAGAGUAGAUAGUGGGGGUGGGGGGGCGUCGGGGGAGCAGGCUUGGGAACUUUGAACAGAGUCAGGGCUCAUUUAGGCAGAUUUCUGUCAAAAUGAACUUUAUAACUUAGAAUCCUGCAACCGACUUAAUUUGCCUAAGUUUAUAUAGAUACUUAGCUAUCCUUCAUAUCUACUGUACAUCAGUACUACCCCAGACUCAUUCACACAUUAAAUUCUAAUACCUCUUGAAGUAUUAAUGUUCUGCCUUGCUCUUUGUUAGUCCCAGCCUCUGGAUGGACAGAUAAGAUGCCUCCUGGCUGCUCAUUUAGGAUGUCUCUCCAUUCAUAUUUAAGGUGAGCCAUCCUCAAGACCAAAGCAACAGAAAGCCUGUGGCCACAGAGGAAUCUAACCGGAAGAGUCACUCUAUUCUCUUCAUUCAUUCUAAAUCUUGUUCCCUGAAGACCUGAUCCUGGGGUGAAUUUUUCUGGGCUUCUCUGAAUAAUGGUUCAGGGGCCAAAAUAGAGCAAAUCCAAGCUCUACCCACCCUGUGCAUAAAGGGAGAAACAAAUAGCCAGGCUAAGACACAGAGUACAUCCUCUUGCCCCUUCCAAUUUCUAAGUCUGGCUCAGGGUUUUAAAGAAAGUAGAAAUUGCCACCAAGUUUAGAAGGGUGUGAGAUGGUUGGAGUGCUCUCUUAUAAUCAAGCAGUAGCUAGUGGGUAGAUCUGCUGGAAAACUAGAUUUAUCUACUGCAGGGCAUGGAAGGCAGUGGCUUUGGUCCAGAAACCUAGAAUUGCCUCCUUCUAGAAUCACCAAGGGACACUGAGCCACAGGUUCAAGGUGUCAUACUUUAUCAUGACAAUUGCCUUAGUGCUCAUGAGGUCUCAGGGCAGGAGAACUGGUGAGCAGAUGGCAGGUAGGCAUCAAACAAAGAGCCUGGACAUCAGUUAGCAGGCUUGGCAGGGGACCUAUAUUUGUAGGAGCCUAGGUUAUAGGUAGGGGCUUCCCUGGUGGCUUAGACAGUAAAGAAUCCACCUGAAAUGCAGGAGACCCAGGUUCGAUCCCUGGGUUGGGAAAAUACCCUGGAGAAGGGAAUGGCAACCCACUCCAGUAUUCUUUUCUGGAGAAUUCCAUGGACAGAGAAGCCUAGUGGGCUAUACAGUCCACAGGGUCUGUAGUUCAAGGAGUCAGACACGACUGAGCAACUGAGCAUAUUAAGGAUAGGAGAAAUUUUCUAUAGGACUGAGAGGUCAGGAUCUUUGAGGCAUAUGCCUGCCUAAGCCUGAAGAAAGCACAUGUUAUGAAACAAUCUUACUAGGAAAGUUCUGCAAAAUCUUUUUCCAUAAUCUCCACUACGCCUGAGAGAUCUUGGGCUCUUGAGGGCCUAUGACAACUGCAGUGGGUCAUGGUAGAGAAGAUGUAGAUCUCGUUAUGUAGGAUUUGUGUUAUAGGUGGACUGAAGCAGCAGGUCAAGAGUUGAAUUCUCAGUAACAGGGUCCCUGACACUUUGUGGUCCUGUGUUUACCUUGAUGCCUGAGGUGAGUAUAUGACUCAAGGGUCCAGUGAUAGUCACUGCAGCAUAGUUUGCCCACACUACUUCACAGUUUGCCCACAGUGAAGUAAACAGGUCUUUGGGCACUGUGAAUUCAGAUGAAGGUGAUAUUUCCUGAGAUGUGUUGUGUGUUAGGCCGUCUGUUGUGUGUCUUAUCUCCUAGAGGUAUAGUGUGUGAUGCUGCGUAGUUUAUGGCUCCGUACUGGAAGUGAAGGAGGUUGCUGGAUAGGCGGACUAAUGAAAACCUCUGACUUGUGGGAUUAGCAUCAGUGGUAAGGAAAGUGAGUGUUUGCUGGGGUUGUGGUCAUAUAGUAUGGGGAACAGUUAGGAUUGAUAGGUGAUAUAUUCUUGACAGAAUCUGACAGAGGCCAAAAAGCCAUUAGGAGGUGCCUCUGCUUCCAGUGAGAGCAGAGUGGAGUCAGGUUGACUGGGAAAUUAUUAAGGAAGGCUGACUGGUUGGAGGACAUCUGGCUGUUGGUUGCAUGGUUCCCUAGAGAGGGUCCAACCCAGGAUAUGCAUCCUUCCCUCCAGGAUGGAAAGGCUGAAACCAAGGCCCUCAAAUGCCCAUUUCCUUCAAGGCCCGAAGUUUGGAGAUAUUUCCUUGUAGAGAAACUUGCUUGAGUUUGUCAUACUUUAGGGGCUGGGCUGGCAGGCCAUGGUAAUGAGAAACCUUGAGGUCAAACAGAGGCCAGUCCUGGGUGAUGAUUUCCUUCCAGAUAAAUUUUAAGGAAUACCCAUGAUGCUUGCGGUGUGUAUUUGGGAUCUGGGCUCCAUAUUCAACUUCAGGCUAGAGCAUUCCUUGAACAGGCGUUCUCAAUGACAGAGUCAUGGCCUCUGAGACCAUUUCAAGCCAAGACUCUCAUCAAAGUUCCGUUGACAUAAGUGACAGAUAACUAAGAAUGUAACUGUCCUAAGAUGAACAGUUCUGGAGGAGAAAGGUGGGGGCUUACCCUAGGGCUGUGGAGACUUAGUUACUUAGCUGGGCAGCUCUAUCUCUGGGCCUUCCUGCCAAAAGCCGGCUCUGAGAACAAAGGAAUACUUCAGCUCCUUGUUAUUCUUUAAAAAGCAGUGACUGUGGGAGAGCAAAAGGCUCAAGGCCAAGUCUAAGCUCCCAGGCUUCAUCUCCUCCCACAGCUGCCACAUUUGGAGGGGUACCUGCUCAGUGUCUUUGGUGUCCUUAGGGCAGUCUUGAGGCCAGAUUGAAGCCUAUGAUGCUGCUCGCUGGCUACAAGAGCUGGUGAUCAUAAAGGUGGUAUUUGGUAUUUGGGGAAGCAGAAAGGGUGGCAUACUAGUCUAGAAAAAUUUGGGAUGAAAAGGUGGGGCUGGGAACAAAUUGGUUAACGUUGCCACUCACUGUGGUGCUUUUCCCCCUUUCCCUUAAAUUCUGCUUUGAAAAGAAUAAAUUCGUAUUUGUUUACUUUG